AUAACUGUCUUAAUACGAAAGCGAUUAAAAAAAGCGUAAAAAUACAGACACCCCCACUACCCCACCGUCACUCCUCAUUUUGUUGUCUAGAAAUCUCCAUCCCCCAACACCCCUUCCUCCCACUAAAUUCACUCUCUCUCUCCCCCUCUCUUCUAACAGUCACUGCCUUUCAUCUUAGAAGUUCUAUCCUCUCUAAAAUACAUCUGUGUCUCAUAUUUUAGCACACGAACUUGCAUCAUUCAUGGCUGUUUUAGUGUUUUUAGGUCUUUUCUUGGCCCUCACUGGCCAUUCAAGUGCUACUUACUGCAUAUGCAAGGAUGGGGUUGGUGACACACAGCUGCAAAAGACCCUGGAUUAUGCUUGUGGAGCCGGAGCUGACUGUACCCAAAUCGUUCAAAAUGGCCCUUGUUACCAGCCCAACACUGUAAAAGAUCACUGCAGCUAUGCUGUUAACAGCUACUUCCAGAAGAAGGGCCAAGCUGUUGGGAGCUGUGAUUUUUCAGGAACUGCCAUGACUAGUGCCACUCCUCCUCAAAAUGUAGCCUCUGGGUGUACAUAUCCUGCAUCUGCAACUCCAAGCACAGGAACAGGCAACACCCCAACAACCACCACUCCAAGCACAGGCACAACACCCACCGGCACCGGCACAGGCACAACACCCACCCGCACCGGCACCGGCACCGGCACAACACCCACCGGCACCGGCACCGGCACAACACCUACCGGCACAGGCACCGGCACCGGAACCGGCACAGGCACAGGCACAGGCACCGGCACAGGAUCUAUAAUUCCUACUCCGCCUUCAUCAGUGUUCAACUCAGGAUUGGGCCCAACUGGCUUCAAUGAUAAUAGUAGUGAGGCUCCUGCUUUUAAGGGCACUAACUUGUGGUUCAUUGUAUCUUUGACCCUCUUGUCUUCAGGCAUAUUUUUGUUGUGGGGUUGACGGUGAGAAGCUAAAACGGGGGCAAGGCGGUGGGGGUGGGUGGGGGUUUGAUGUGUAGAUGAUUUCAUUUUGCAACGGAAGGUUGGGUAGGCAUGUAAUUUUACGUUGGGAUUGUGGGGGAUUGUGGGGGUCAUCUAGAGCCAAACCUCACUAGGGUUUUUUGGCGCUUUCCCCUCCACCUAUGUGAAAAAGCUAGGAAUUUGAUUCCUAUCGAGUGGAUGAUAUGUCUGCUGUGUUGGGGAACCUGAUCUCUUCUUUUUAGAAUUUCUCCUUUUGUAUAUCUAGAGAGAGGUUGUAGUAUUUUUUUUUAUAUUAAUCUAAUGAAAAGUUGGCCCAUCCACCACCCCCAGUUUGAGGCA